AAUGUGUUCUUGUUUGUUUCCAGACAAGACAACAAUGUAGAUUCUACUUCUUCUCUGAGGGAAGACAGCAAACUGGAAGGUCUGGAGUCAAAACAAGGCAAGGGAGAAGAUAGUGAUGUCCUCAGCAUAAAUGCAGAUGCAUAUGAUAGUGACAUAGAAGGCCCAUGCAAUGAAGAGGAGAGUCCAGAUGUGCCAGAAAGUGCUGUCAGAAGUGGAGCUGGUCAGAUAGAUGACCUUCAGAAGGACAUUGAUAAAAGCGUGAAUGAGAUACUGGGGUUGGCAGAAUCCAGCCCAAAGGAGUCUAAAGCAGCAAACUUGGCUGUUGCUUCAUCAGAAGAUGUUCAGCCAUCAGCACAGCAGCUGGAGCUCCUGGAGCUUGAGAUGAGGGCCAGAGCUAUUAAGGCUCUGAUGAAGGCUGGCGAUGUAAAAAAAUAGCCCUAAGCUUGCUUCAUUUUAAUAUUUUUUAUAUUUGUUUUGAAGGGUGUGAUGUCUGUUCUCUUCAGUGCGAAAGUGCAUUUGGAUUGGGCAUGACAUUCCUCAUUCAAACCCUUUUGUGUAUCCUGACCUGUGGCUUAAAUUGUUGAUCGUUGGUUUUCAUUGCCUUUGGCAUGCUGCUUCUGUGACUUAUACAAAUGGAUUGGUUUGACACUGCACUAGAUCAGUGUCUCUUUUUGCUGGGUUAUCACUUGACAUGAAUCGUGCAGAAGUCAUAGAUCUAUGCCAGGAUUCUGGGUGCCUUUAAUAAAGGUUAAACGAACACUGUAGGUUCUUCAUAAUUCCUGUAGUUAGCAAUUAAACUGCUAAUUUAUUUGGGUUUUUUUCCUCCUGAACUCGUUAGCAAUUUAAGUAACUUGAUUUCCAUGUGCUUCUUAAAAAGGUACUAUUCUGAAGAGGUCUUCUGUGGCGUGACAGUGCUCAUAUCUGCUUGCAACACUCUGAUAUGAUUUGAGAUGUUUAUUUCUCAUUGGGCCCCAGCUUUUAGGAAUAUAAAUGAACUAGUUAAAAUUGAAUGACAAUUUACUUUGGGAGAUUAACAGCAUGCUUAAUUUUUAGAGAGCUAAAAUUGCUAAGAAGAAUGUUUUUCGGUAAGCCAUCUAAGUUAAUUAUUGUUAGAGAAAGUAAUUCCAGUGACAAACUAUGCUAGUAGGUGUUUUUAUACUGCUGGUCAUUUUAUUUGGCUAGUCUCCUCCCACAAUUAUUUUAUCAUGUAUAUCUCAGCUGAAAACAGGAAAAUGAAUGCUUUGUUUCUCUCAUUGUGAGAUUUUGUUAAUUCAGCACAUCAUCUUGUGAGAUUGGAUAAUGCAGCGGAUCAGAAACUGUUUAAAGAUUUCUGAUUUUUAGCUCCAGUUUUUGAUAUUUAACUGAUUUAAUCUUUUCAGAUCCCCUGUAAAUAGCUUUCUAGAAAGAUGGUGUAAUUUAUUUUUAUGCAUUUUUGUAAGGAUUCAAAAAUCAUAAACUCAUUCUUCAUUUUAAGGAUGUUUCUUUAUAAAUAAUUGCUUUUAUACAACUUGUUUUCCUAUAAUUUGGUACCUGCAACAAAUUAAUUUUGAUUGUUUAGAAGUGGUGCUAUUUUUAUAAUUGAAAGUAUAUUUAAAAGAAACUUUUGAUUUUGUUACAUCCCAGGUGUGAGUCUAAUUCUUGUUAAAUAUUGUUAAAUAAAAUAAAUGGUUCAUUACAUGUUGCUA